CUUAAUAAACUAUGAAUGAAAAUAUAUCUGAAAAAAACAUAGUUAAAAUUAUUCUGUUCAUCUGGUUGGAUCUGAUUUCAGCCGUUUUUGCUUCCUGGGAACAAUGGUGAGACUUGGUUUAAACUUUGAAGGAUUGUAAUCACUCGUAGCCUGGGGAUUAAGUUAGCCCAGUUCUUGGGUUUCCUGAGGCUUCAAAGUACUUACUUGGAGAAAGAAGAAGCAUCAACCAAGUAUUGCAAUGGUUAUGUUGCAGGCUGGUUUACCCAGUUUUCUUUCUGCACCAUCGUACAUUCUUUUACUGGGAAAUUGAAGCUUCAAGAACCGGACGCCAUGGCUAUUGUGAACUUCUCAACUAAAGCUUUCUCUGCACUGCGGUUCAGUGCUAAUGGCAUUUUUGGAGCUCAUUGUAAAUCUCUCAAUUGGGUUCCCAUCAAGAAUACAAGUUUCAGUGUGAAGCCACUUCUUGUUCAAGCAAAGGGACAAACCAAAACAGAAAGUGCUAAAAUUCGAAAUAGAAGGAUGCGAAAAAGGUUCAAUGGCACUUCUAGAAAACCAAGACUUUCAGUUUUCUGCUCAGAUAAGCAGCUCUAUGCUAUGUUGGUGGAUGACCAAAACAAGAAGUGUUUAUUCUAUGGAUGUACCCUGCAAAAGUCCAUUCGUGGUGAUCCCCCUUGUAACAACAUCGAAGCUGCUAAACGUGUUGGUGAAGAGCUUGUGAAGGCUUCCAUUGAUCUUAAAAUUAAUGAGGUAUCAUCUUAUGAUCGCAAUGGUUUUGCUCGCGGGGAAAGAAUGGAGGCUUUCGAGAUUGCAAUUGCGCAACAUGGGUUUUUACCACGAUAGAUUUCUUCAUCGUAUUCUGUAAUAAUGUGGUUCUUCGUGCUGCACCAAACGUGGUUGCAUUUUGGGUUUGUUUGUAUAAUGCGAGGGAAAAAAAUCCGACUUUGCUUAGUUCUUAUGAGCUAUAAUUUGUGAGAAAACAUGGAGAAGAGAAGAAACUUUCCUAAUAGCAUCUGCAGACUCUCAUUGGAAAAUGCAUACAGAAAUGAAGAAAAUACCUUGUACUUUAUUCGCA